AUGGUCUCAUUACUGCAGCGCAUGCGCAAGCUGCAAACUCUCCUCGCCAUCCGCCUCGGUCCUGGCGCAGCAGUCCUCCCAAGNGAAAUCUCUCGUAUCCACAUGCGCUUCGCUCCCAAAAUCGACGGCGGCCACAUGGGCCCACGAAAGUUCUGGCGCCACGAACUCGUCCGCCUGAAAUUCCACAACCCUGCCAUUCCCAUGACCCUCGACCGCACCGCCGCACAGACAGAUCCUGCUUUGAUGACCAUCUUCUUCGCCGACCCGGAAGCUUCGCCAACCAGUGGUGCCGCUCCCACUACCAGCACGAGUGGUGACAAGCAACCCAGCAAUUAUUCGCCCAGUUCAAGGACAGAGACUAUCGACAUGACCAGCCGCACACAAGAGAACAUCCUGGCUGAUUUGGUCAGAAUCACAAAUGCGAAGCAGGUCGAGGCUACACAGGAAGAGUUGGAGACAUUGCGCUCGCUCGAGGAGCAACGGCUACGCAGUCAAAGAGACAGCAAACUCAGUUUGGAGGUUAGAGAAAAGAAGAAGAGAGAAGAGGCUCUGUUGGCACAGGCAAGAGGUGACGUUGCAUCCGCCGUCUGA